AUGAUUCAAAUAAAUAAUCCUCGUGUACUCGCAUACGUGUUUAUACUAUGCUCGAUUUUAUUUAGUUUAGUUGAUGCUAUUGGAAAAUAUCGCGGCCUUGAAUUUUUAGAAUCUUGCUCUAAAACUGAUCCUAAUUUGGAAAAUUGUCUUGGCAGAUCUGCCAAUGUUCUCGCUGAACAUUUUCGAAAUGGUCUACCACAAUUAGGGUAUCCCGAGGUUGAACCAAUCAUUUUAGACGAACUUCAUAUAGCUCUCGGAGGUGGUCCUAAUGGAUACAAAGCUCAAUUUAUGGAUAUUCAUGCAAAAGGAGUUUCAUCGCUCAAAGUUACUGGUUUCAGAGCAAGAUUAUCAGAUGAUGAAGUACAAUUGCAACUAGUUCUCAGUAUUCCUAAAAUUAGGGCUGAUGCAAAGUAUAGGUCAAGUGGCACACUUAUUCUUGUACAGGCUAGCGGUGCUGGAGAUUAUUGGGGAAAUUAUGAGGGAGUUAAAGCCAAAGUAUUUAUCAGGGCGAAACCAUAUGUUAAUCAAGGUCGUCGUUUUUUGAGGUUGCAACAAUUAAAAAUGGACUUUAGUGUACAAAAUAUUAAAAUGGGAGUUGAAAAUGUACACGAUGGCAAUACUAUAUUACAAGCCGCAUUGAAUUUAUUUAUUAAUAGCAACAGUCAAGAAUUGUUAAAAGAAAUGAAACCAGAUUUGAGAAGAAAGUUGGUCCAAGUAAUGUCGAGUUUCGUCGAGAAAAUAUUUUCACAAGUACCGUACGAUGCUUGGAUCAAGGAAUAA